CUUAUAGAACAGAACUUACUCCGAGUAUACUUAACAAUAUAUUGACAGAUAUUUGUGAAUAUUUUAAUAUAGUCACAAAUCAAAAUUCAUCAUAUGCGCGUUUGGUUUUCAUUGAAAAAUACUUUAGUUGAUAUAUUUUUAUUUAUUUUAAUCAUAUUAUAUUUUUACACUACCACUCCCGAUCAACUUGCAUCCUGGAUUCGUCACUGAUUGAUCUUAUCGUGAACACCCAACACAAAAGCGGCAGCAGCCGGCCGGCGACGGCAAGUUUGUCCACCCAUGAGCUCACCGGAGACGACGACGGAUCAGAGCGGCAGCAACAAGCAGCAGCGGCGGCGGCGGCGCCACCACUUCAUCCUGGUGCACGGCGUCUGCCACGGCGCGUGGUGCUGGUACAGGGUGACCACCGCGCUCUCCUCCGCCGGCCACCGCGUCACCGCGCUCGACAUGGCCGCCUGCGGCGCGCGCCCGGGCCGCGCCGACGAGGUGCCGUCCUUCGAGCGGUACACCGCGCCGCUGCUCGACGCGGUAGCCGAUCAGGACGGUGAGGAGAAGGCGGUCGUCGUCGCGCACAGCUUCGGCGGGCAGAGCCUCGCGCUGGCCAUGGAGAGGCACCCGGAGAAGAUCGCCGUCGCCGUGUUCGUCACCGCCACCAUGCCCGCCGCCGGCAAGUCCAUGUCGUUCGCAUUUAAGCAGCUAUCGCAAGGGAAGGAUGCAGAUUUCUUCAUGGAUUGCACGAUCCGAACCAUCGGUGAUCCCCAGAAUCCUGACAAGACGUUUCUGUUCGGACCAGAGUACUUGGCACGGCGAGUGUAUCAGCUCAGCCCACCCGAGGACCUGGCCCUGGCAAUGUCGACGGUGAGGCCGUCACGACGGUUCCUGAACGAUGCCACGAUGAACGGGGAUGUCCUGACGGAGGGCAGGUACGGCACGGUGAGGCGAGUGUACGUCGUGGCAGAGGAGGACGAGUGGAAGCCGGCGGAGAUCCAGCGGCUGAUGGUGUCGUGGAACCCUGGCACGGAGGUGAGGGCGUUGCAGGGAGCUGAUCAUAUGCCCAUGUUCUCAAAGGCGAGGGAGCUCUCAGAAUUACUCAUGGAGAUUGCCAACAAAUAUAGUUGAGAUUUUCAGAAGCAUGUUCUUCAGAUAAAACGUUACUGGAACAUAUAUAUAUUUCUGAAAAAUGGAUAUAGAUAACAAUGCCUUAGACUCUACAAAAGAAAUGCAAAAUCAUAGUGAUAAAUAAUUGGCUAACGUUGUUAACAGUUUGGGGUUGGACGUUCGGUGUUUUGAAAGAUUGAUCAAGAUGUUUGGAUAUGAACAGUAAACCAGAACCAGUAAUCGCAAAUUCAGUUCAAAAUUUCGGACCCCACCGGCAAAUCAAUAUAUUGACCGAAAUAUUCAUGUUUUCUCAAAUUUUUGUUGGAGUUGGUCAAAGUUUAUUCAAAUUCAGUAAAAAACUAUCAAAAUUUCAGAAAAUUUCUUUCCAAAAAGUGCUGAAAAAUCCUGAAAUCACCGAAGUUUCCACCGAAAUCACCGAAGUUUCUACCGAAAUCACCAAAGUUUCCACCGAGAUCGAAAGUGUAAACCCUGACCGGAACAUUGAACAGAAACACCGGAUCAUUCCCAGUUUGAACAGUAACAGUGCAUUUCAGAUAAAACGUCAUGGAAAUGCAUCCAUCCAUCUAUCUAUCUAUCUAUCUAUCUAUCUAUCUAUCUUCUAUUAUAUACUAAAAGUCUAUUAAACUUCCUACAAACGUUCUCAAGCCACUACAUGGACAUCCUUCAAACACUCUCAAUCCGCCACGGGCGUUUUAGUAAAUUAAAAAAUAUCAAAAAUUUCUAAAAACAUACCACCAUUGAUUUUCACUUAAAUCCGUGGGUCUAUUAUUUAUGUCAUUAGAUCUAUUAUAGAUAACACAAAACUAAUUAAAUAUAUCAAAAGGAAACA